UUGACACCUAUUUGUUCUAAAGGUGACUGUAAGGACCAUGGCCAUACUGUUCACUUGCCUUGCGCCAGCCAGCUUUGGAUAGGGCCUUCGGUAUUGAAUGGUGAUCUCUCGUCACUGGCAGAACUUUCCGUGAAUCUGAUGAAUUCAGGGGCUGAUUACCUCCACUUGGAUGUUAUGGACGGUCACUUUGUACCAAACAUUACCUUCGGACAUCCAGUCGUUUCUUGUUUAAAGCCUAAACUUCCUUCAGACACUUUUCUGGAUCUUCAUAUGAUGGUCGCAGAACCAGAAAAGUGGGUCGAAGGAAUGCGUGAAGCCGGUGCCACUCAAUACACUUUUCAUGUCGAGGCCACUGAUGACGUCAAGAGAUGCAUCCGAAAGGUCCGAGAAGCCGGAAUGAGGGUUGGUUUGGGUAUCAAACCGAAGACAAUUGUUGAGGAAGUUUUUCCUUAUGUCGACCUCGUGGACAUGAUCCUCGUGAUGACCGUUGAACCUGGAUUCGGUGGCCAAAGCUUUAUGGCGGACAUGAUGCCCAAGGUACGGAUGCUGCGUGAGAAGUAUCAAAAUCUCAACAUUGAAGUCGACGGUGGAGUGGGCCCUAAGACUAUUCGGGAAUGCAUUAAGAAUGGUGCCAACAUGAUCGUCUCUGGUAGUGCAAUAACAGGGGCCGACGAUCCAGCCGCGGUUAUACAAAGCAUGCGGUCGACCGUUGCUGAAUUAUGA